AUGGGUCUUGGAGACACCAUCAAAGAUCAAAAUACUGAAAUAAAACAAAAGAAGGCCAAAGCUAUGAUUUUCCUCCGCCAUCAUCUCCAUGAGGGGUUAAGGUCUGAAUAUUCAACGAUAAAGGAUCCUCUUACUCUUUGGAAAAAUUUGAAAGAAAGAUAUGACCAUCAGAAAACUGUCAUACUGCCAAAUGCUAAGAAUGAAUGGUUGCACCUGAGGUUUCUCUGCAAUCAGCAAUAUAGAGAACGAAAUUUUAAAAAAUAUUCAGAAUUGAUUUCAUAUCUUCUAGUAGCAGAGCAAAAUAAUGAACUUUUGAUGAAAAAUCAUGAAUCUCGCCCAACUGGGUGUGUCCCACUCCCUGAAGCGAAUGCUACAAUAUCUGACAAUAGUAGUCGUGGUCGUGGUUGUGGCCAUAAUCAAAGUCAUGGAUGUGGUCAUGGCUAUAAUCAAAGUUGCGAUCGUGGUCGAAACAAUGUUUGGCACCGUAAUGGUCAGAAUAACAACUCUUAUACUCCAAUGAAAAGCACAACUACUGAGAACAAGGGAAAAGGUCCUCAAAAUAAUAAUCGUAAAAAUUCUAAAAACUUAUGUUUCAGAUGUGGUAUGAAAGGACACUGGCCACAUACCUGUUUUAUGGCAAAACACCUUGUUGAUCUUUAUCAAGCAUCUGUGAAGGGGAAGGAGAAAAGUAUAGAAGCAAACUUUGCCUAUCAAAAUGAUGAUAUUUUCAAAGAGCCCUUGGAUAUUACACACUUGGAUGUUGCAGAUUUUUUUAAUGAAGAUCCCAUUAAUAGCAACAUGAAUAUCUAUAAUGGAGAUGAGAAUGUCUACAAUUAG